AGAGGGAAGGUGGUCCUCCGUGUAGAAAAGUCCCGUCGCUCCCCGUCGGGAACAAAGUUCGUGAGUUUUUCUUCACUUUAGUCACUUUGAAACGCGACCGAAACCAAACCAGCACUUUGGAAGUAACUUGGAAAAGGCGGCGGCAGCGUGAGAGCGGGAUUCGUUUCGUAUGUCGGAAGGAGGGGAGCUGGGAAAGUGUGGGGUGAAAAUGGAGAGCCCAGCUGAGUGAGAGUGGGGUGAGGAGGCCGGCUUUGGCAGGAGCAGGGAGUCCUGCCCUGCCGCUAACAGGCUAGCUAGCUGCUCCCACACUCCUCCGCCUGUGUUUUCCAGACUGCGAUCUCCGGGGAAGCUGCUCCUUCCAAGCCGCUGUGAAGAUCGCAGAUUCUCCCACCAUCCGCACUUGUGUUUGGGAUGGAAGUUCUGCACAUUUCCUAGAACAGAAGAUUUUUUUUUUAAAAAAAAAGAAGCCUAAUGUCUACCAUGAAACGUCAGGAUUGAAGAACUUUGUGAUGUCAAGAUCUGUACAAACUGUGCUCGAGCAGUUUUGUUCGCAUUGAUUCUUCAAGGAGGUUGAGUUAUCUGGUUAUCGGAUUGGAGCCAGAAUGAAACCAGAACUCCUGUGAGCGCAGAAUGGAUUCAUGAACUUGUGGGAGAGGUGUGCUCCCGUUGAUGCCCGCCCUCUGGGACUUGCACGGGGGUCUUGUCAACUUUCUUCAUGAACUUCUGCCCCAGUGUGGGCACAGCCCGGAUGCGAGAUGUCCGGAGUGUGUUGAAUCAGCUGUUGCGGUGAUGAAGCAGACAUUUUGGUGGCCCGUGUGCCUGGCUGGGCAGAGGUGCGAGGUGAUGUGAUGGGGUGCCGGAACAGCAAGGUCCUCCCCGAGCCUCCAGGGGACGUUCAGCUGGACCUGGUCAAAAAGGUGGACCCUGUCCAGCCCCCUCACACUGACAUCUAUAGGCACUUCAUACGAGGUGACGGCACAGCCAGCAAGAUGGGUGCAACCGGCGGAGCGGCAGGUGACAAGUCAGACUGCACCAUCGCGAGUCGAGUCAAAGCAACCACGCCCACCGCUUCAGCCCUGCCCGCCAAAGACCCGUCUGAAGUGCCGGAUCCGCAGAGGAAGAAGGUGGCGAAGUACCGAGCAAAGUUCGACCCCCGGGUCACGGCAAAGUACGACAUCAAGGCCCUGAUCGGGCGCGGAAGUUUCAGCCGCGUGGUCCGCGUGGAGCACAAGAGCACGCGGCAGCCGUACGCCAUCAAGAUGAUCGAGACGCGUUACCGGGAGGGGCGUGAAGUGUGCGAGUCCGAGCUGUGCGUCCUGCGUCGAGUCCGUCACACGAACAUAAUCCAGCUGAUGGAGGUGUUUGAGACGGCGGAGCGGGUCUACAUGGUGAUGGAGCUGGCCACGGGGGGAGAGCUGUUCGACCGCAUCAUCGCUCGCGGCUCCUUCACGGAGCGGGACGCCACGCGGGUCCUGACGAUGGUGCUGGAUGGCGUCAAGUAUCUCCACACUUUGGGGAUCACUCAUCGAGACCUGAAGCCGGAGAACCUGCUGUACUACCACCCCGGCGCCGACUCCAAGAUCAUCAUCACCGACUUUGGGCUGGCCAGCAGCAGGAAGAAGGGAGACGAAUGCCUGAUGAAGACCACGUGUGGCACUCCUGAGUACAUUGCCCCUGAGAUCUUGGUGAGGAAGCCCUAUACAAACGCGGUGGAUAUGUGGGCUCUGGGCGUGAUUUCCUACAUCCUGCUGAGCGGCACCAUGCCCUUCGAGGACGAGAACCGCAUGAGGCUCUACUGGCAGAUCCUGAAGGGGAAGUGCAGCUUCUCUGGAGAGCCGUGGCCCAACGUGUCCAACCUGGCCAAAGACUUUGUGGAGCGAAUUCUCACGGUGGAGCCAAGCCAGCGGAUGACGGCCAGUCAGGCCCUCAAGCACCCCUGGAUUGUCACCAUGGCGGCCGCCUCCUCCAUGAAGAACCUGCAGCGCUGCAUCUCUGAGAACCUCCUGAAGCGCGCCUCCUCACGUUGCCACAGCACUAAGUCCGCUCAGUCCACGCGCUCCAGCCGCUCCACCAAGUCCAACAAAGCCCGCAGGGUCCGGGAGAAGGAGCUGCGCGAGCUGAACCGCCGCUACCAGCAGCAGUACAACGGCUAAGGCGCCUCCAGGACGCUGCGGCUCCAGGACGCUCACUCGGAGCUUCAUAAACGAGGCUCGGUUCAAAACUGCAGAAGCUGAAAGAGACGAACACCGACUUCAUCAUCUCUCCAUCCGUUCCUUCAUUUCUCUUCCACUCCAUUUUUUUCCAGUCACCACCUAUUUAUUUAUUUUUGUGGAGAUGAUCCAUGCAGAGGUUACUGGAUGCUGACCUGGCAAGUCUGUUGAACAGAAAAACAAAACUGUCCUCUCUGAUUCCAAAGUGCUGUGAAUUUUUCUGACUUUACAGAUGUGUCCAGAUCUCCUCUUGUAAUGCUGAAGGUUCCCAAACAGGAAGGCCUCCUCUCUGCUUUUCUGCUUCAUGUUUUUAAUGAAUUGAAGACCCCAGCCAACAGUUAAUAUUGUUCAUAAAUUGAGUUGAUGGAACACAAACAGGCAGAUGUUCUGCUCCGGUCGCACCAGCUUUAAGUUUAGAAGGUCAAACUCUAAUAUAGAAAUUAAAGGUUGCAUUAAAAAAAAAACUUAAAUGAUUUAUCCUUCUGUGGCCAGCAGGGGGAGACCUCUGAUCAAAGGAAAAAAAACAAAAAGCUUUUGGGACUAGUUAUUACUGGAAUUAAAGGCAACAGUGAUUUUUUUUAAAUAGUCUAUGUUUACAAUAAGCUUGUGCCAUUUAAGUUACCUUUUUUUGUUUGUGUAUCUGCUCUGUUUACCAGUAUUCGGGGCCACCACAAAAGAAAAUAAAUAUAUGAGAAAAAAGUCAUGAAAUUAUCAGAAAAAAGUCAACAUAUUGCAAGAUUUAAAUUGCAGAUUUAUGAUUUCAAAAGUACUAAUGUUACAUGAAAAAGCCUUGCUUAUAUUUUUGAAAAUAAAGUAAUAAUUUCAUGAAAAUAGAGAUGUACAUUUGCAAGAUUUGGUGAUUCUUGAGUCAUGUGAGGUGCAUUCGGUUCCUCUGACUUGUCUGUAAUUUAAAUUAAACAGAUAAUGUUUGAUUAUCUUUAUUAAAACACAUCAAAAGCUCUAUAAAAUUUUUGUUUUGAAAAAGCAUGAUUGUUUCCUUGCAUAAUUAUGACUUUUUGAAGCAUAAUCUUAGGACUUAACUCAUAUUUUAAACUGUUUUUUUCAUAAUUGUUUGACUUUGUUCUCAUAUAUUUUAUAUAUAAUAUGAAUUUAUUGUUUUGUUUUUUGUGUGUUUUAACCUUAUCUAGUUAUUUUUCAAAUUGUAUGUAUAUAUAUAUUAUUAUUAUCAGUUCAACAAGUAAACCAGCCGAGUUUAUUUUAAAUUUACAUUAAUUUUUCUAAAUGAUACUGUACAAUUAAAUAAUUAAGUGUUUAAUAAUGUUGAUGGUACUUAGAGCAACAGCUGUGUCUCCAGAGGCCGACCUAAAGCAGAUGAUUUCACAUCUGCUGAUCAAUAUUUCUUAUCGGUCUUAUUCAUUUAAGACAAAGUUCAGCUUUCAUCUGUCGUGUCCAAUCAUGGAAGUGUAACGGUAACAUGUCAUUAAAAUAGAUGUGUGAAAAGCUGGUGCAGCCGAACACAGCAGAACACCUGCAGCCGUCAUGGAGAGCCGGGCAGAGAAGAUGCUGGAGGAGCAGCAGCAACGAUGAAGAUGUGUGAAUUUGUGAAUGAAGUAACGAACUUUGUUUGGGAUGGUUUCUCUUCCAUAAAUGAAGGUUUUUGACCAAGUCAUUUCCUCAAACGUUGCACAACUUUAAAAACCUUUUUCUUUUUCAAAGCACUUCAUGUAAAGAGUUUUAAAGGUUUUUCUUUCUUCAUUUGACUUUCGGUUUAUUUUAAUCCAGAAGACUGGACUUUUUGUGUUUCAACCUUAGGAUGCUGCUGUGAUGCAUUUCAGAGCUGGAAAGUUUUCCGUUGUUUUAGGAACUUUCUGGCGCACUGGAAGCUAAUUUGAAGCCAUGUCAGCUGACCUCAGUUUUGUUUAUUGCAGCGUUUAAAGGAUUGUAUUCCCUCGUCCUGCUACUCUCUAUGGUUUUCUUUCUCAUGAGCGUUUUCAGAAAGUAUCAAAGUGAUGAUUUGCAUUUGAGGUGGGUCUGUUUGUGAGCAGCAGCUUAGUGAAACCCUGCUAUCCACAAUGACCUACAAAUGUCAGAUGAACCGCAGAACUUCUGCACAUUUUAAGUGUUUUUUUGUAUUUGUUUCUGUGAUUUUUACAUUCAUGCUGUUUUAAAUGAAGUAGCCUUUUCAACACUGUUAGCUGAAAAUGUUUUGUGCCUCAAAGGAAGGUUAACUCCUUGAUUCUUCUAUUAAUAACUCCUUUUUUAUGUUUUUAAACGGUGAGUUUGUGUGCUAAUAAAGCCCUCGAACCUGAA